CACCUUGAAGUGUUUCCCGGUCAAACUGUUUUUUUGCUUCUUCUCGCAUGGGCAAAUUGAGGAGCGAACCGGCGUUCCCGCCGACUCUUUGUCAGAAGCCAACGAGAAAUCAUACGAUCGAGAUCGCGUCCGCACCUUGAGAAUUCGAACAACUUGGCGGACUUAUCGUUAGUAACGGGAACGCGGAACUCUAUCUAAGUGUCGCGUCCGUGAUACGAUUCGCAUCAUUAUAUUUAAUUCGGACAAAGUGAAUAAAUGACAGUGUUGUUAAUUUGAUUCAACCAUGGUGCAUUUAUAACUCUGUUCCUCUCGCUCGCUCCCGUCUUCAAUCUUCAGUCUCGCGGUCGCGGUCCACUAUCAUUCUGUCUCUCUCUUUCCUUCUCAACGUUCUAUCACUCUGUCUCUCUCGCUCCUUCUCAACGCUAUACCGCCGUCUCUCUCAUCGCACAUUCAUCCCGCGUUCUCGCGGAGCGGAACCCGCCGCACGCGUUCACGACAUUCGAGUGAAAAUCCUCGAAUCACGAACAAUUAAUAAUUGUUAAAAAAGCAUUUAAUAAUAUAAACACAUUAAUAUAGGUUUAACAUGGCUUUAAAAGAAAUAACAAAUACCAAUUUGUUUACAAAAAAAGAAAUUUUGGAGGACAUUAUGGAAAACGAUACGACUUUUGAAAUAACUGGCUACGUCAGUUCAAUAUUUCAAAUUAAAUCAACCACAAGAAAUGGCAAAACAACGCAUCUUUUUAAUUUUAUUAUGAGCAACGGUGAAAUUACCAUUCAAAUUGCUGCCUGGAAUGAUUUAGCUUUUAAAUAUGCAGACAUAAUAACUCAAACAGAACAAGUUUAUUCUCUACAAAAAGUGGUACCUAAAAUCCCUUUGAGGAAAGAAUAUUUACAUAAUGCUUCAUUUCCAUACGAAUUAUUAAUCCGAAGUUUCACUAUUGUCGUUCCUAUUGGCAUUUAUAAAAUACCAAAAGAAAUUGAAACAAUUUCUUUGAUUAAAAUGCAAAAUGCCAGAACCAAAAGUGGUUUAAUAGGUAAUUUAAUAUUAUAA